AUGUGCAUUGUUUUGACAUCUCAUAUUCGUGUUACUUCCCUCUCUCACCACCCAGAGGAUGUAGGCCACCAGAAAGUAGCUGCACAAUACCUAAGGAGAGAAUUACAAGAGGCUGAUGAAGCAAAUUUACUUGAUGAAGAAGAGCUUUGUAAGUCUUUUAGUUCUAGCGUGGAGCUGGAACAGGAACUUGAUGCGCCUGCAGUGAAUAAAAAACCUCCACGGAAGGAGAGGAAGAAGAUUGCGGCUGAAAGUCCGUCAAAUUCAGUUACUAAGAAUUUGUGCAAGACAACUGCUAAGAUUCUCCCACAUGUCCCAGCUCCGAUUGCAACCAAAAUAUAUUAUUCCCAAAGAAAUUACAAUCUACGAAGAGCCAUUCGUCGCAUGUUCUUUGAGGAACCAAGAAAGGAGUCGAGCAACGAGGUUUCAAAUUCAGAAACAGUACAAAGAGAUGACCAUUUUUUGCAUCUGGCUCAAACACCUGAUCGAAUUCUUGCAGCAAAAUCAGGAGGAACCACCCGAUCAAUGACCAAAGCUUCUCAGCUUCCUGUGAAUAAUAAUACUCUAGUACCUCAUUACAUUUCAAACUCUUAUUCUGGUACUCUUCACAAGGGGAGUGGAAGUGUUCCGGUUGUAUAGGACUACUACACAAGGAAUCUUUUUGCUCGGUAAAUUGCUACCCUUUUUGCUCUAAUUCGAUGAGUUAGUCUAAACUCGGAGAUAAAGAAAUUCCUAUAUUGCUAUAUAUAUAUCUAACAUUUUGACACCCGCUAAAUUAAGAUUGUGCAGUGUACAGAAUAGUUACUACUUUUGUCAAAAUCCUCCCGGAAUUUAACGAUCAUAUAUAAAAAACGAUAUCAAGAUUACUA